AUGACUAUGUCUCUGAUUAGGAAACUCCCCCAUCGGUUCAACGCCAUCAGGACCUUUGUGAACGCCAAGGUAAAAUGGGUCCGAGAUCCAUACUUGGACUACGUAGUUGAACGAGAGAAAGACCUUAAACAAUCCAUUUCUUUGAAGAACCAAAUCCUCUCCAAUCCUUCCCAGUCCCUCCCUCUCUCUGCAGCCUCUUUGCUCAAACCCCACCUUGAUCUCCCCACCACAUCCUCCAAAUUUUUCCAUAAAUAUCCUUCCUUCUUCUCCAUAUUCCAGCCCUCCCCUGGCCUCCCUCCCCAUGUCAAGCUCACCCCACAAAUCCUCUCUCUCCACAAAGAAGAGUCAGCCAUUCAUACCUUCAUGCCUAACAAAUACAAUGCCAUUGAACGACUUUCUAAGGUUUUGAUGCUCACCGGAGGGACCAAGUUGCCCAUGCACCUGAUUAACAGAUUGAAAUGGGAUCUGGGUCUACCUCAUGAUAUUGUGGGUACCCUUUUUGCUGAUUUCCCAGAUUAUUUUCAGGUUUGUGAGGUUGAGGAUGCAAUAACUGGGAAACUAGAGCUUGCGUUGGGGCUUGUUUGUUGGAGAAAGGAGCUUGCUUUCUCUCAAUUGGAGAAAAGGGCGAUAAUGGUUGACCUGAGUGAGAAGAUGUCAAAGCACAUUGCAUUUCCAAUGAAUUUUCCAAAAGGGUUUGAUUUGGAUAAGAGGGUGAAAGAUUGGGUUGAGGAAUGGCAGAGAUUGCCAUAUAUUUCACCAUACGAAAAUGCAGCCCAUCUUUCAGCAAAUAGCGAUCAGGCGGAGAAGUGGACGGUGGCAGUGCUUCAUGAGGUUCUUUGGCUUAUGGUUUCCAAGAAGACCGAGAGGGAAAAUUUGUAUGUUUUGGGAGAGUAUUUGGGGUUCGAAAGGUCUAGGUUGAAAAAGGCUGUGGGGCAUCACCCAGGAAUCUUUUAUGUUUCAAAUAAAAUUAGGACACAGACUGUGGUACUAAGGGAGGCAUAUAGGAAGAACUUCUUGAUUGAGAAGCACCCAUUAAUGGGUAUUCGGUAUCGGUACAUUCAUCUCAUGAAUAAGAUACCAAGAAGGCAUAAUUCGAAUCUUGUUUUGACCCCUGGUGGUAGAAGACUGAUUUCUGUCCGCUGA